GCCCCGCGGAUAUGUAUUAUUGAUGUGCUAACCUAUGCGUCGGAGCAAAGCUCGGCGCGAAUUGUCGUGAACAAUUGCAGAACGCUAGCUCGUCGCGCAUCGCGCCUGUCGAUCAACGGCCAGUGAAGAGGACGGAGAUCAGGUGGGCUCUCGCGUCGCCAGCAACUCCGCGUCGCCGCGACGCUCCACGCCGUGAAUCCGACCGACGACGCGAAUCGAACGUCGAACGUCGUCGCGCGCGAGCGUCUCACCGCGCGCAACUGUCAUCACACGUCACUCCAGGAGUUGGACCGGAUGCAUCCGUACUGACUGGAUUUUGACAGACGCCCCUUUGUCUGAGACGUUUCGCCGAUGCCUCACAACUACCUCUCGUAAAUACACUCCGCUUAUCUCGUACACUUGUAUAAACGUGUCACGUCUUCGGCCUGAGCCGCGUCUAUCAUCCUUCCGCUCGAAUGAAAGCAACUAUUGUGACACAUGGGUGAGACACUGUUGCUAGAUGGUAAAGUCUAAAGAAUUGGACUGUGCCAAGUCCAAGAAUAAAAUUAGUGUCUCAAGGAAAGAAGCACAACAGUGUCCACCACGGCUUUCACAGAGAUGGUUGGAUUGGCGGGCGGGGGAGGUCAUCUGUAUCCCUCGCCCCCUAUGCAGCCUAAUCCAGAAUUAAGAGAGAUGACUGGGAUUGCUCCUAGUGCGCCAACCAGUGCUGAUGCUUGUUUGAGCAUUGUGCAUUCAUUAAUGUGCCAUCGCCAAGGUGGUGAAAGUGAAGGCUUCAGCAAGCGAGCAAUUGAGUCUUUAGUGAAGAAACUUAAAGAGAAACGUGACGAACUGGACAGCUUAAUCACUGCGAUCACCACUAAUGGUGCACAUCCUAGCAAAUGUGUCACCAUCCAAAGAACUCUAGAUGGCAGGCUGCAAGUAGCAGGACGCAAAGGAUUCCCGCACGUAAUCUACGCGCGCAUUUGGAGAUGGCCGGAUCUGCACAAGAAUGAAUUGAAGCAUGUCAAGUAUUGCCAGUUCGCUUUCGACUUAAAGUGCGACUCGGUGUGUGUGAAUCCGUAUCACUAUGAGCGAGUAGUGUCGCCUGGCAUAGAUCCAUUCUUUACAGACCUCUCCGGGCUGACGCUGCAAUCCGGAGUGGGUGUAGGACCUGGUGGUAGACUGGUCAAGGAUGAGUACACGGUCGGCGGCGGCGGUACUGCCGCUGCGGCUGCAGCCGCCGCGGUCGGCUCUGCAAUGGACGUGGAUGGUGAGAUGAACCAGACUAUCCAGCAUCAUCCUUCGGCACAGCCUGCCUCUUCGAACAACGCUCAACAAGCUCAGCAAGGAUUCAUACCGGGUUUACCACCACCUAAUCCAACCAGUACUGAGGGUAUGUUUAGCGCCGGUGGGGGCGGCAAUAAUGGUAAUCCCCACACUAAACUGGACGACAAUAAUUGCCCCAGGCAAACCUGGAUUCCCACGCCUCAUCACUCGGCAGGCCGUAAUUUACACCAUCCGGUAGUACAUCCAAUGAGUCACACCGUAGGUAGCCAACAGCAGUCGCUGAACGCGUCCAGCGGCACGUCCAGCGCACAAAUUAUGAAUCCCGCGCAAGGACAAUCGACCGACACGUUCUAUGGAACCACGACGCCACCGCAGGAUAUCAACCAAUCCCCCACAGUCGACGCGCUAGCUGCUUCUCUAGGCGAAGGCCAGAGUUCUCCUGUGUCACCUGUGCAUCUCCAUCACGCCAAUGGGUUCCCCGUGGGCACUGCUCCCUAUAAUUCUGGAGCACCGCAGUGGACCGGCGCUAAUACUCUCACAUACACGCAAAAUAUGCAACCACCGGACCAUCGACACCUUCACACAGCAUCGUACUGGGGAGGUCACGGGAAUGACGUUAGCGAGAAUGUUGGUGGAUUACUAUCUACACAACCAGCGCCAGAAUUUUGGUGUUCUGUUGGAUACUUUGAGUUGGACAUUCAAGUUGGCGAAACGUUUAAAGUCAGCAGUGGUUGCCGCACAGUCACCAUAGAUGGUUAUGUAGAUCCAAGUGGUGGUAACAGAUUUUGCUUAGGUGCCUUGAGCAAUGUACACAGAACGGAGCAAAGCGAAAAAGCUCGUCUUCACAUCGGGAAAGGCGUUGUGCUGGACCUGAGAGGUGAAGGAGACGUUUGGCUGAAAUGCCAAAGCGAGCACAGUGUUUUCGUGCAGUCUUAUUAUUUGGACAGAGAGGCAGGUCGAGCACCUGGUGACGCUGUUCAUAAAAUUUAUCCUUCGGCUUAUAUCAAGGUGUUCGAUCUGCGGCAGUGUCACAAACAGAUACGUGGUCAGGCAGCUACAGCUCAAGCCGCUGCGGCGGCUCAAGCUGCAGCCGUAGCGGGCCAUCUCACGCACGGAACACCUAUCACCAAAAGUCUUAGUGCAGCUGCGGGUAUUGGAGUCGAUGACUUACGAAGACUUUGCAUCCUGCGUUUGAGUUUUGUGAAAGGAUGGGGUCCGGAUUACCCACGACAGAGCAUCAAAGAAACACCAUGCUGGAUCGAGGUGCAUUUACAUAGAGCGCUUCAGUUACUGGAUGAGGUGUUGCACACAAUGCCCAUCGAUGGACCACGGUCAAUCGAAUAAUUCCAUCGGAUUGAAUUACGAGAAAGCGAAAAGAGCGUCAUGGAAUCAAGUGCGCAAGUGUGACAUCGUGUGACAUCACGAAUUGUUCAAGCAACUUCGGUUUGAGAACGCGAGUGAAUAAGCCGGACGAAUGGACCAAAUUCAUCAGACGGUAAUGAUCAAAUGAUUAUAGUUGAGGCACAGAAUUCGGCCAUAGACGACUCGAGGAAAGAGAGAGAGAGAGAGAGAGAGAGAGAGAGAGAGAGAGAGAGAGA